UUAAUUUUUUCAUAGCCAUUCGACUUACACCCAAAUUGUCCAAAUCGUCUUCAAUUGUGAGACCGGAAAUUUUUUCGGUGUACCGUGAAAAGAUUGUUGACUUUUGAACACAAACGUCGUCCCACUAAUCGUCAAAAUGCCGAGAGACUUUAAAGCACCGGUCAACGUAUCGCCACUUAUCAGGUUUGGUCGAUGGAGCUUCCUGUUGUUAGGUGUAACCUAUGGAGCUACUAGACACAGUUAUCUUCAAAAGAAAGAAGAUAGAACUAAGGAAUCCCGCCAUCAAAAGAUUGCUGAAAGAGAAGCUAAGAUUGCUGCAGAAAAGAAGAAAUUUGCUGAAGCUGAAAUUAGUAAUUUGGACGUUAUAUUCAACCCACCAAAGACUGUUGCAUAAAGAACGAACGGCAAACAUUUAGAUUAAAAAUAAUAAAAUAUUGUCUUAUUGAUAUGUUCUGUAUCCUAUAGUACACAUGUUUAUGUUUCCAAUUGUAGUUAUUACACCAGAUAUAAAUUACUUAAAUGUGCAGAUGAAAUUUAUUUGUGUAAGAAAUUUGUGCCGUAAAUACACUUAAAAUACAUGUUUUCUUAGAACUUA